UCCUGCUCAGUGCCAAACUGUCAGCGUGUAGUGCGGUCAUGUGGUGCGGAGCCAGCGUGCGCUCGCCUCCCAUCAUCAUCGCCCUCUGAGUGGUCUUCAGUCCUCUUCAGUCGAGCCACAGUCAGCCAGCCAAAAAUUCCAACUAUCCAAAAAAACCGAACCGUAUCCACACAACAACAACAACAAACUCUGUGUACCCAGCGGAACUGAAGGAUUAUUCCAGUGUCAGUGUGCCAGAAGAUCCAAAUUUUUUUUCUCGUUCUUGUUCCUAAUUUCAACAUUGCAACAUUAGGCCAACAGCAAAUGAAAAAUAAUACAAAUGUAGCAAGCAGAGUGCCAAAAAAAAAGAGGAAAAUAGAAGAGCAAAAAAACCGGAACCCAACCAGCUAAGCUGAAGAAAAUAUUAUAAUAUAAAUGUGCCUGAGCCAAAAUUAUAAAUAAUAUAGAGAGGGAUACGAAUUGGAAGUGCAAAUGUUAAGUUCUUUUUUUUGAUAAUUUUUGUUACUGUGCGGUUUGAACACGAGUGUGCAAAUAGAACAACAUCAAAAAUAUAAAAGCUUACAAUAACAAAAACAACAGCAUCAUCGACAUAGGAAUUACAACCCACAACAAGGAUGAAGGACUGCUGCAAAUGUGCGUGAAAUGUGACCAAAAACCAGAUGCAACAACAGCAACAGCAACAGCAACAGCAACGGCGACAGCGAGCGGAAACGACAGCGGCAGCUACAGAUACUUGUAACUAAAGUGACAUGAGGCCUUAACAACAAUAACACCAAAGCAACAGCAACAACUACAACAGCAACUAUAAGAACAAAGGAUACAACAACAAGAAAAACGACAAACAAAAACAAGCAACCGUAGAGCACUAAAAACCAAAUUACAAACAAUUAAAAGCGAGCACAGGCAAGGAUCCUCCAGGGAGAGAGAGCUUGACAACGGUACUGCGGCCACGCCCCCUGGAAAAACACACACACACACACACAAAGGACCCGAAAAAGGAGGCGGCACACGCACAAACAGUCACAAACACGCACACAGUAGCCAGCUAGCUACAUGCCUCAAUGGCAGCUUCAUCGUUUAUGGCCAACUAAAACUGAGCAGCGAGCCCUGAAUUUGGCCGGGUUGCCGGGCAUCCUGGCCACCAGUCCAUCAUCGCCGGGACCUUUGUCUUUGUUUCGCAUCAGGACCAGAAACACGGGCAGCAACAGCAACAACAGGAGCGACAUCAACGGCAAGGGCAAUAGCAACGCCACCAAAGGCGGCAAUAAAAAGUUUUGCUUUGUGUGUGUGUCUCGUCGGUGUCGACAUUCUUGCCCCAUCCUGCAGGUUCCAGCUACCAGCUACCCCUCCUUCCACCAGUGCCACGCCCCCCUUAAAACGGUGUCGCCCUCGUUGUCCUUGUCGUCAUCGUCAGACGCCUGUGGGCACUCAAUUAAGCCCAAUUCAACGCAACUUGAAAGCGACAACGGCAACAAAGGCAGCUGCCAAAGUAACAAAAACAGCAGAGGGCGGAACAACAAUAUCUGGGGAGACGGCAGCAACAUUAAUAUUAAUAACAAUAGUAGAAAAAACACCAGCAACAUCUACAAUUGCAGCUGCAGCAGCAACAACUGCAGGCCAAGAGACAGCAGCAACACCUUCUUCAAAAUCUCUAAUUGAAACUGAAAGAGCAGCCACGUUUAUUUAAAGAGCAGAAGAAGCAACAGCAACAUCAGGAUCAAGUGCAACAUCAGCCAUAACUGGAGUAGCAACAACAGCAGCAACAUCCGCUACAGCAAUAGAAGCAACAACUGCAACAUCAGCAACAACUGGAGUAGAAACAACAGCAGCAACAGCUGCAACAUCAGCAGCAACUGAAGUAGAAACAACAGCAGCAACAGCAAUCAUUGCAACACUAGCUUCUAAAGAAAAGGCAAUAAAACCUACUCGGAAAAAAAAACCUGCAGCAACAGCAACAUUGGCCAUUAAAGCGGCAACAGCAAUACAAGUGGCAAAUACAGCAGCAACAGCAAUUCCAGCUGCAACAGCGCAGCAACCACGCCCACGUAAUCAUCAACGCCCCCGCCCACUCACACAGACAAGGACACAGAUACAGAUUCCUUUUUUGAAUUCGAGCGGAAAAAGGAGCAACUGCCACGCCCACGUAUCGCAGGCGAGGGCGGCGGGCGGGCGGACGGUUGAGUGGAUGUCAGGAUGAAACUGAGCGUGAGCGCGUAUCGGGCGCAUGCAUCCGCACACAAGAAGAUCCUCUCCAGCGGCUAUCACUCACAGCUCAACUACGGCAGCACUGGAGCGGCAGCGGCAUCCUCCUCGUCGUCGGGGGCCACUGCAACGGGCCUAUAUACGAUGGAAGCCCACGAGCACGAAGCGGGCAAGUUUGUGAAGGAUGUGGCCCGUCAGGUGCACGACUGCAACAGCGAUACGGACGUCAUCAGUCCCACGGGCACCAGUAGUUCCGGCGGAGGCGGCGGAGGAGGUGGCGGAGGAGGCGGUGGAGGAGGCGGAGGAUCCGGUGGUGCCGGUCCCAGCGACGGUGGCUAUCACAAGCGGCACCACAAGAUGGUACGCGAUGAAGACAACAACAGUGCGGCGCACUCCUCGGACAGCAAAAGUCCCAGUCAGCGGAAAUCGCGUAUCGGAGAUGGAGCUUCAGAUCCAGAUUCCGAUUGGACACGAUCGAACCAGCGCUGGAUGAAGCUGCGCACCACCGUGCAGAUCUCAUCGGCGAUACAGAAGAAACCACCGCUCAAACGCGAAGAUUCCUUCCUGAAGCGUUUCUCGACAAGACAGAUACCCGAAACACAGGAAACUGUUGAAGAUACGGGUUCAGAAAGUGCCUCUGGUGACGUCGACAAGAGUGUUAAGCGACGACGACGCUAUCUGCAGAAACGACGAUCUGUUGUUAAUCCAGAUGAAAAUUUUUACUUCUAUUGGUUAAUGAUGUUAACUGUAUGUGUUCUAUAUAAUCUAUGGACCCUAAUUGUGAGGCAGAGCUUUCCUGAACUGCAGCAAGCUGUGCCCACGUUUUGGCUCAUCUGCGAUUCGAUGACAGAUGUUGUAUUUAUCUUAGAUAUAAUAGUUCAAUUACGCACAGGCUAUCUGGAGCAGGGCCUAAUGGUAUACGAUGACAGGAAGCUGGCCUGCCACUAUGUUCACUCGCGCGACUUUAUCUUCGAUAUGAUAGCGCUGAUACCAUUGGAUUUGCUGCAGCUCAAGAUGGGCACACAUCCGCUCUUGCGUUUUACGCGCUUUUUUAAAGUUUAUCGAUCUGUGAGAUUUUAUUACAUCGUAGAAAGUAGAACAGUUUGGCCAAAUUUAUGGCGCGUUGUUAACCUAAUUCAUAUCCUGUUAAUACUGGCACACUGGUUCGGUUGUUUCUAUUUUUUACUUUCCGAGGCGGAGGGUUUUCAGGGCGAUUGGGUCUAUCCGUAUCGACCCGGGGACUAUGCCACCCUGACGCGCAAGUAUCUGGGCAGCCUGUACUGGUCGACCCUGACACUGACGACCAUUGGGGACCUGCCCACGCCCGAGACGAAUGCAGAACCGAACUUUUCGGUGGACGGCCCUCGAUCAAUUCCGAGGCGAGGCAUUAAAUCGCGCCUGCUUCAAUUCGGCUCUAGCUAUGGAUAUAUUUUUACGAUCGUUAGCUAUUUGAUUGGUGUUUUUAUCUUCGCCACCAUUGUGGGCCAAGUGGGCAAUGUGAUAACGAACCGAAAUGCGAAUCGCCUGGAGUUCGAGCGCCUGCUGGAUGGGGCCAAGACGUAUAUGCGGCACCACAAGGUGCCCGGGGGGAUGAAGCGUCGCGUGCUGCGGUGGUACGACUACAGUUGGUCCCGCGGAAGGAUACAGGGCGGCGGUGACAUCAAUACCGCCUUGGGCCUCCUGCCCGACAAGCUGAAAACCGAAUUGGCCUUACAUGUCAACCUCAGCGUGCUGAAGAAGGUGACCAUUUUCCAAGAGUGCCAGCCCGAGUUCCUUCACGAUCUCGUGCUCAAGAUGAAGGCCUACAUCUUCACGCCGGGCGACUCCAUCUGCCGGAAGGGCGAGGUGGCCCGCGAGAUGUUCAUCAUCGCCGAUGGCAUCCUGGAGGUCCUCAGCGAGACGGGCAAGGUCCUCACCACCAUGAAGGCAGGCGAUUUUUUUGGCGAGAUCGGCAUCCUCAAUCUGGACGGGCUGAACAAACGCACGGCGGAUGUGAGGUCCGUGGGCUAUUCGGAGCUAUUCUCCCUGUCCCGCGAGGAUGUCCUGGCGGCCAUGAAGGACUAUCCCGACGCCCAGGAGAUCCUGCAGACCCUGGGUCGCAAGCGGCUGAUGGAGGUGCGCUGCGUGAACAAGAAGUACGCCAAGGCCCAGAGCGACAAGGAGGCGGCGGCCUAUGCGGCGGCCCAUCCGCACCACCACCCAGCCCAUCACCAGGGUCAGGUGCACCAGAGCGACAGCAGCGAGAACAGUGCCUCCAAGAAGAUCGUGGACAAGCUGAAGCACGACGUCAAGGGCUUUCGGAAUGUGCUCAAGAAGUCCAGGACCUCGCGGAAAAGCGACGAAUCCCUAGAGAUGCAACCCCUGCACAACACCUCGCCCCGCGGCAGCAAGAUCCUGCUGAAGCGCAUGUCGCGCGUAAGAUCGGACGAAAAGGAUGCGGACAGUGCCGAGGCCAAGGACGAGUUGCACGACAAGACGCCCAGCCCCAUUGGGGCGGGGCUGCCGCUGCUGCAGCGCCUCCGGCUGCUCAAAGAGAAGCAGGAUCGCGAAGAGCGAGCUGUUAAGUCCACACCACCACAGAAAUCUCCACCUCACUCACAUGUAACGUGUACGUUAUCGCCGCAGGAAUCGAUCCAGGAGGAGCCCGAACGCGAGUUCAGCGAAGGCUUUCCCCUGAUCCAGCGACUGCAGCAGUUGAAAAUUAAGAACGAGCCGCAGGCAAACGCCGCCGAACCCGGCGUCGUCAUGGUCAACACUCCGCCCAAUAUCAGCAGCAAGAUAGAUUCGCAUUUUGCAGCCAGUCAGGGAGGAGGAUCGGUUCCGGGCUUAAAUGGUGGCGGCAUCUCGGCGCCGGGACAAUCGCUGACGGUGGCUCAGAUCAAGCCCAUCAUGAAGGUGUCGUUCAAGCAGAAGAUCCAGCAGUUGCAGGGCGGUGGAGGAGCCAGCAGUUCGCCGGCUCCGAGUACCGGAGCCAUAGCCAAGAAGGAGCCACCCAAGUCGCUGGCCCUGGUGGCCAAGCAUGCCACAUCCGAGGAUCCGGUAGCCACAGCUGGACUAGGAUUGACAGCUGGCUCUGGCAUAGCCACCAUAUCGAAGAGGGUGGUCAAACCCGUUCACCGGAUGGCCACACCCCUGCAGUCCGACACGGAUACCGAUGGCACGCCCAUCAAGCCAUGGUCCAAGCUGAAACUGGCCACCCUGAUGUCCUCCAGCUAUACGAGUUUGACUAACUGCUCACCGGAUGAUCUGGCCUCGCCGCUGAAGAACUACUCGCUGAGCAACAUACCCCAGCAGAUGGAGACGCAUCCGCGACCACGACACCACAGUGCCAGGAGCAGUGCGAGAUCACCAAGGCACGGCCAUGGACAUGGGCAUCAUCACCAUCACCACCAUCAGGGGCAGGGACUGGGUCAGGGGCCAAGCUCCACCAGCACAACGGGCUCGUCGGCUGGCCAAGUGAACCAGUUGGCCAGCGCUGCCGCCAAGAGGGAUUGCCUGCGUCUCCAGAAGCCGGAGCAGCACCUGCCCGAUGGCGAACUGACCGAACUGGGCGGCAAUGGACGCAGGAAGCUCUACCAGAGCGUCUUCGAUCUCUCCCCGGAAUAUUGCGGUCUGCCGUUUGUCAAGCGGCUGAAGAUUCUCAACGAACGCCAAAAGUUGGCCGAACUGGAGAGGGCGCUCCAGACACGCAGCUUUAGCCUGGACUGUUCCAAAUCCGGGCCGGAUAGCAAGGUGCCCAUCACGGAGUCGCUGUAUCGCUGCUACAGCGACACUUCCGGCAUCUAUUCGCAGUUCCUCAGCACUUACGAGUCGACCACCAGCUCCACAUCGAUAUCCACCAAUACUUCCGCUUCCGCAUCGGCAUCCGCCUCCGCUUCCGCAUCCGCUUCGGAUAGCAACUCUCGUCAGUUGCAGUAUGUACCCCUGCCAUUAAGUCCCGAAUCCAAUGAGACCAUGGAGCGUCGCAAGCUGAAGAGUAUACUCAAGAAGCUACAGAUGGGCGGUGGUCAGGAGGAGGAGGCGGGUUCAAAGGUCAACGCCAGUGGUGGCACCACCCAAAAGGGCCAGGGCCUGCCGGCGGAGCCGACCUUGGAAGGGUACGUGGCUAGGCACAGUAAGCUCUUGAAGAGUGUAACCUUCCAUUCCACUCUUUCCAGCCCGCCCGCCAGUGCCAAGGAGGAGGUGGAAUCUCCCUUCGGCGGUGCUGCGGCGAUCGGUUCGGUUAAUAAUAAUAGUAAUGGUUGCGGUACGGGUAACGGUAGCGGUAACGGUACGGGCGCAAGUAUGGCUUCGAUUAACGAUAACAGUGCCAAUUCGAGCAAUUCGAUAUCGCGUCCGAACAACAGUGCGUAUGCGUGUCCUCCACCGGCGGUGGCAUUUCCGUUUCCGGUGCCAGCACCGGUCUCAGUUCCAAUUGCUCCUGCAUCCGGUGCAGUUCCACUUCCGCUGGGAUCGGAGGCGGCGAAUGUCUGGUCGCCGACGUUGACGUUGGUAACGCCCACGAAUUCGCCGCAGGAGAGCUUCGCGUUUCCCGCCCAGCUUCAAAGGGAGGGGGAGUUGGGCGGCCACGGAAACGGAAACGGGCGCGGACUCGUUGGUGGCGUUGGCAGCGCCUCAGCGGUUGGAGCCUCGGCAUCCGCGUCCGCAUCCGCCUCGUAUGUCGUCGAGUGCUCAUCGUCGUCGAAUCAGAUCCUCCAUGCCCAGUCCACCACUGAUUUGAAUUUGAAUUUGCAGCUCAGGCAGAACACGACCAGUGCGACCAUGGGUGGAACGGGUCAAGGGCCCCGGCUCGAAGGCUUCCCGGAGGCUCAGGACUACUUCAAUCAAAUCCUGAGCGGCAUCAAUCACGUGAUCAAGACGCACAUGAACGAGAUGCACUCCAAGUUCGAGACGCAGUUCUCCAGCAUGGCGGGCGAGGUGCAACGCCGCGACGCAAUCAUUGCACAGCUGCAGCUCAAGCUGCGCUCCAUAGAGGGCAAGUCCACGGGCCCAGUGGCAUCCACUUCCGCAUCCUCAUCCGCCUUGGUCCUGCCACUUAGCAGGCGACAGAAGCGCGAGAAGAUGUCCCAGCUGUCGGUGGACGACGAUGAACCGCCCGAGGAGGACAACAGCAGUUCGGGAUCUUCAGCGGAGCUUCUGUUUAUGCGCGGUGAUUCCCUGGACACGGUUUUCACCUCAUCGCCGCCCAUCCAGGGCGGCAGACGCAGCAUAUCGCCGGGUCCGAGUCGUCAUCAUGCGGCCUCGGCGAACGCCCUGAACUGCCCGAGUAGCUACUACGGAGGACCCGGCUCCCUGAGCUCCCGCCACGCCCAAAGCCAUCCCAGCUUCUACUCCGGCCAGGGCAAUGGACGCAGUGGCCGCAGCAGUGGCUAUCGCGAGUGGAGCGGUGGAGCGGACAGCCUGGGCAGCGGGAGCGGAUCGAGCAGUGCCGUCAUGGUGGCGGAUGUUACGGGCAAUCUGGCCCGCUUGUCGGACAGCGUAAUCCUGGACAUUGGCGAGAGCUCCAGCUCGAGCUCCUCUUCCAGCAAGAUCAAUAUAGCCGAUGUAGAUGACGACGAGGAGGAUGAAGAAAAUCCAGCGGCCAGGCAUCCACGAGAGGAAGAGGAUCUGGACGACGACGGCAGUGGUGGAGGCGGCAGAUCGGGGAGCCACAACGACUGGGAGGUGCGGAUGCUGGCCGCCGAAAUGGAGCGACAGGAGCGCAAGCGGGGUCACUCCCUCUCCGACAAUCUUGGUGAUCUGAAGCACUGCAGCACAUUCCUGCGGCGUCGUCGAAAGUUUAGCGAUACGGAAACAGAGUUCAGUGAAACGGACAUGGAGGAGCAGCUGGCCAGGUCGGGCAGCGGCUCCAUGGACCCAUCAGGCUCGACAGUUCCAUCUGGCUCCGGGGGCGGUGGAUCCACAUCCACAUCCGCGGGUCACCAGAGCGGCAGCCAGCGACCCCGGGCAUCCAGCUUGGAUCAGUUCAACCUGCGCUACGGCAUCGGGCGUGGAAUCUUUAAAGCAAUGAGCAUUGACCGUGAUAAAGACAAGCUUUGAGAACUAUAAUCACAACCAAAUCGAAAUCCAAACCCAACCAGAUCCCGAUUCCCAUCCCAAUCGCAGCCAGAAGCAAGUUAAACGGCGGACAACCAAUAAGCAAUGGAAUUUGGACAGUAUUACCAUGGUACAAGAACUAGGUAUAUGAUAUGAUAUAUGAUAUACAAAACUAAGGAUAUGUGAGGACAUAUAGAUCUAUAUUCUAUAUAUGUUUAGCCCUAACGAAACCCCCCAGCAAAAAAUCGAUAUAUAUACAGAUAUACACGAAUAAAGUAAAACCCGAAUGAGAUAUAUAUAUACAUAAAACAAAUGUAGAAUUAACGGAAACAACAACUACUACUAAAAACAGAGAAACAACACACAAAUAGCCAGAGAGUGUUCCCAGCCCUGUUCCAAUUAUGAUUGUUUUCGCUUUGUCCUAAUCAUUAUCCAUAUUGAAUGCCCAUGCGAAGAUGAAUAAUUUUUAACUAGAGGUUAUUUUAGGAAGCUUAAGAGAUUUUUGUCCUUAUGGAAUUUAUUACCGUUCGGUAAACUUCAUAAGUUUUUGAAUAUCAACAUAAAAUUCGUAACUUAAUUAAGGUUAUUGUUUUAUUUUGAAAUUGUAAGUAAUUAUUUACUUUAAUUCAUUCUUAAAAAAUGUAUUACCCUUCGGUUAAAGUCAUGAGUGUGUGAAUAACUACUUAGAAAAGUUAUUGAAUUAAUUAUGGUUUCGGUUAGUUAUCUCAGCUGUUAGUUUUUAUUAUAAUGUUAGUAAUAUUCCCUGUUCCGAUUAAAUUUAGCAAGGAAACUGAAUCUGCCGAUUUUAAUGGCCUUUCGCAUAUUUUUUAUCAAAAUUUUUAAAAAUUUGUGUGGCUCCAUAAAAGAGUGUUGUGUGUGUGUGCCAGAAACAAGAACGAGAUAAGAUAAUUCCCACAUUAAACCGUCCUAGAAAACGUCCAUGCCACGAUGUGCAUGUUUGUUCUUUUUGUAUGAAUCUGUAUCUGAAACUGCAAGCCAAAUCUGCAUUUUUGUAUCUGUAUCCGCAUCCCAAUCAUCUCGAUCUGAACCCAAAUCGGAAUAUUGAUUAGUUGCUCGUUUAGUUCGUGGACGACGGGGGCCUGGGUCUCUCUACAGAUGUAUAUACCUCUUAUUGUUAGAGACUAUGGAACAUAUAUAUACAUAUAUAUUUUAAGUACGUACAUAUAUACACAGAAAUAUACAUAGUUAUAUAUCUAUAUAUGAACUAGUGUAAUGAAAACCGAAAGCUUUAAUAACUUAUAUAGAAAACUAUUUAAGAAACAUUUUAAAUACUAAUCGAUUCGGACAAAUGUUUUGAAAUAGAACAGGCCAACCCAUUUCAAAAACAAACAAACAAACAGCACACCAAACACAUACACAAGUCAUACACCUGCAUACGAAUAUCUAAAUAUAGAGCCUAUUAUAUGCAUAGAUUAGCGAUUUACUUGUUGAACACCCUCGGUUCGAGCUGUUAAGCCUAUCUAAGCGUUAGUCGAACCUAUCGAAAAUUUAGACUAGCCCCCUUGACCCUUCAAGCCCCAAAGCCCCAACGCCCCUGCAUCCAUUCGGUUUCGUUCACCUGAUCUCACGCUUGCCCUCUGACCUCUUCCUUCUAACCCUCCACUAACUAGAGACACUAUCUCGCUAUAAGAAGAGCAACUCUAGCACUUAAGUAGAUUAGUGCAGUUCAAGAUCUAUUUCGAAACCGAAUCGAGUCUAUCGCACCGCCCCCGAAAUAAAGAAUAUGUAUCUGAAGACUACAUAUGUAGGCAAGGAACAUGAUUGUUGAUUGUUGUUGAUUUUUGAUUUGAUUUAUCGUUGCUCUGAACUAAUCGCUUAACUAAAGACAGUUACUAGCCAGGCCCUAGACGCACUCACUAAUCAGACGGUAGAGUCCGUAGAGAAAAGUUAGACACCCAACUCUAGAGUUUCGUAGUUUUUACUAGCCCCACAAAAGGGUGCUAGGCUGUACUCUACUCAAGCCACUUACUAUCGCUCUGGCUAUCUUGGCUAUCGAUAACUAUCGUACUGUACUAAGCGCACUAAGACACACACACACAAGAGACACAAACACAUACAAAGUGAGGAAAGCUGAGGAAGUUAUGCCCAAAGAUGUUAGAUCUAUCCAAGAAAAUGUUUCUCAGGUGGGGAAACAUACAAAUUUGCGAUGAGCUUAACUAGAAAUCAAUCCUUAUCGAUGGUUCUCCUUAGAAACAUCGAUAAGUAGCGAUUGUUAUUUAAAGGCAUCACUGUUUCAAGGGAAAAGCUAUUUUUCAUCAAUGUAGAACUGUUAUUUAAUUAAAUUUUUUUUUUAAUUAUAUCCUAAAAGGAAAACAAUUUGUACGACUUCUCAUUAAAUUACAUUUUUUUAUUAUAUAUGUUGCUAUCAAACCCUAGAAUUAUUUGCCCAGAAAUAAAUAUUUUUCAAAAAAACAUUUUCAAAUAGUUGUGUAGCAUUGAUGAAACAUAGCUUUUCCCCUUUAAAGUAAAUUUCUCCACCAACUAGUCCACAUCUGAAAUUCAAGGAACCAGGAAUUCUCAAGGAAUUCUCAAACUACGAACAUAAAAUUACACAAAAUGCAACAACUUAAAUGGGUCACAGCCAGCUAAGCAGUCCAACUAAAUGUAAUAAGACAAACGACAAGCACAACACUUAUGUAAUUCAAAACACAGCCAGAAAAAAUGGAGCAGAAGUAACUCUAUAAGAUUUUGAUUUAGUCGUUUAUUGGGUUCCCUUGUUGAAGAGGCCAAGUUUGAAAGCCAAGGAAAACCAUUUAAAUUGAAUUACAUACGCCAGGGACCACAAAAUGUUUUUUUGUCUCUUUUUUAUGAAAAAUAAAAAGAAAAAACGUGUAAACACAAAAGGAAAACCUAGCAAGUUUAAUGAUAAUAAUGCCGUAACAGAAAAGUGUUAUCGACCAGGAGGUAGCCGUCAUAUAAUCAUCGAUCGAUGUACCCCUUAGCCAGUCACCCAUUAUAUAGGCCUCACUUCCGAUCCCCAAAAUAUAUAUAAUAUGAACCCAUGUAUGUCUAACUGAUUUCUUGCGUACCACUCACUCUAGGUUCAAUUGUUGUCAGCCAACGAAAAACUCUGUGAGUCAAUUAUGUAUAUGGAUCAUUGUUUUAAUCGAUUGUUUUUAACGAGAUGAGAUGAACCGAUGACCGAUUUUGACCCACUCUGUAUUGUACUAUAUUGCAUUGAAUACCAUACCGCGAAUUGUUGUCGUUGUUGAUUUUAAAUUUUAAAUUGCUCGUCCUUAAGUUACCGAUAUUUUUGUACAUUAGUUUAAGGUAGCGCAUAAUGAGUCCCACGAGUCUAGAGUAAAUUCCUAUAUAAAUGUAUAAAUACAUAUAUUUUUUUUCUCCUAAUUGCUAAUUUCGCAAUGUUGACCGAAUACUAAACAGUAUGUACUUAUAGUGAAAUUAUACGCAAAAGAUAAUUUAAACUGAACUAAAUGAAAACUAAACCCCAAAGCAAAGAAAAAAAAAA